UCCUUUCCAACGUCAUGCUUAUACUUGAAAUAUGGAGAAAACAAUUAAACAGUUGCCAAACUCUUAGGUCCUGGAAAAGAUACAAAUCAUGAGCAGAGCAGACACGUGCCUCUAAAACAUCAGACGUUGGAUCACAUGCUAUCGAGAAGUACGAACUCAAAAACAGCCGAUUACAAAAUGGGGGAAGGUCUUUCUUAUCUGUUUGUGGCCGCCAUUGAUUUAGGAACCACGUUUUCUGGUGUGGCCUUCUCCUCUAGGGAUGCCUUCACUAAGGAACCAACCAACGUCUGGUUAAAGACAUGGCACGGAACUAUUGUCACCUACAAAACUCCCACUGUCAUUCUCUUCGAUCAGAACGGAGACUUUGAUAGUUUUGGUUAUGAAGCCGAGGAUAGAUACACCGAUUUGUUGUUGGAUGGUGUGGCAGAAAAUUGGAGUCUCUUCAGAAGAUUUAAAAUGUCGCUUUAUGAGCAGCAGAGUGUAUUGGAGAGUUUAGAACUGGUUGCAGAUAAUGGAAAGAAAAUGUCUGCCAUGAAAGUAUUUUCUGCUUCCAUCAAGUAUUUAACGGAGCAGCUGACCAAGGAAAUUAUGAAACAGGUCUCUUACACCACAGAUAAAGACAUCAAGUGGGUUAUAACUGUUCCCGCCAUCUGGUCUCAACCGGCCAAGUCCUUCGUCAGGAAAGCUGCCAUGAUGGCAGGAAUAGAAUCGGAGAUGCUUACCAUGGCACUUGAGCCGGAGGCGGCAGCUAUAUGUCUGAAACAUUUACCUUUAGAGAAAAAGAAGAUGGGAGAAGUUGGAGACAAUUAUAGAACCUUCUCCCCUGGAUCCAGUUACACCAUUGUCGAUGCUGGAGGAGGAACGAUUGACAUCACAACACACGAAGUUUUGGAGGAUGGGAGUGUGAAGGAAUUGUUCCAGUCGUCGGGCGGUGAUUGGGGAGGUACCAAGGUAAACGAUCGCAUCAUGGAAUUGUUUGAAGAUGUUCUUGGUACUCAGACCAUGUCUGAACUCAAACAAAAUCAACAGCUAGACAUCUUAGAACUUGAAAGGAACAUUGAAACAGCAAAAAGAAGUUUGAGCACACAUAGAAGGAAAAUGACAAUUACGAUCCCCGCCGGAAUUUUAGAUCAGUAUAAGAAAAAUCAUCAUGCAGAUCUUUCUUCUGUGAAAAGUGCUUCUCUGAGAGAUGGAAGAACGAUCGAAUUUACGUUUAACAGUGGUAAAUUAAGACUGGAUCAUGACUCGAGUUGUUCUUUCUUUGAACCAUCAAUAAUUUCAAUAUGUGACCAUUUGAGGGAUAUGUUUCAAAUGAGCGCAGGACAAGGCAUAGAUACAAUAAUAAUGGUUGGAGGUUUUGCAAAUUGUUCUUUUCUCAUCAGAAAAAUUUUAACAGAAUUUCCAGACAAACACGUGCUUGUCCCCGAGGAAGCUGAAUGGUCAGUGUUAAAGGGGGCGGUGAUAUUCGGUCACGAUCCCUGGCUGAUUAAGCAAAGACGGAGCAGAUACACAUACGGGGCGAAAUGUAAAAAGCUGUUUAAAGAGGGAGAACAUGAUCCAGAUAAAAAAGAGGAAGAAAACGACAAGGUCUUCUGUCAUGAUCUCUUUAGUAAGCACGUGGAAAUCGGUGAAUUGAUCACCGUUGGAGAAUAUCAGACAAAUAAAAAAUAUCGUGUUUCUCAUGACUCCAUGGCAAGAAUACAACUGUAUGCCUCUCGGAAUCCUGACCCUAAGUAUGUGACGGACGAAGGUUGUUUCAAGGUUGGAGAACUGGAAAUUUUCAGUCCUAAUUUAGAAGUAGAAAGUAAAAUCCGCGUUCAGUUGUCUUUCAGUCACACUGAAAUCGAGGCUAGAUUAAGUCAUAGAAAAUCAGGAACGUCAUCUGCAAUUUAUCUGGAUACGCAUUUUUAAGAAUCGGGUUACCUCAGUUGUAUUUAUCACUUUACCGACCAAUUUUAGCAGUUCAGAGUUGAAAAAUGUAUGGUCUUGUGAGUGAUAGCGUAUUUUUAAUAGUAGAAGCACACAAAGUGCCUUUUGCAAGCUCUUAGGUGGCCAGUUUUACUAACAUCUAAUGUCUCGUUCAUAUUUUUUAUACAAGUAUUUUACUAAAAAUAUUACAUAUUUAUUGUGAUAUACAUUAUAAUCAUUUUAUAUGCAUUUAUAACAGACUUGUUUCUGUAAUAACAAAAUAAAACUAAAGAAAUCCAAUUUA